UUCAUUUUACUUUAUUUUACUCUAUAGGGUCUCAUUAUGUUUAUUUCUUGAUUCAACAAUAUUCUUAAGUGCCUUUCGCAUUAAUCUCUCUUAAUAUAUCCCAUCGAGAGUCAUUUGAAAAUUUUCAAUUUUUUUUCGGAUUUAUUGCCGCAGAUUUCCUUUUGAUGCAGAGAUGCAAAAUAUUCGGAAUUGCAUUCUUUAUCUGCGGGGAUUUUUUUAAUGGAUUGUCUGUACAACUUGAUAGACAAAUUGAAGAAAAGAAGAAAUAAAGGAGAAGAAAAAUCUAUGGAAAUUGUUUUUUCAAAGAAUUGUCUGCACAUCUUGAUACAAAUAUUCAAAAAAAGAGGAAAAGAAGGAGACGAAUGUUCAGACAUUUUUUUAACGAAUUGUCCGCACAACUUGAUAGACAAAUCUACAGACAUUUUAUUAAUGGAUUGUCCACACAACUUGAUAGACAAAUUAAAAAAGAAGAAAAAAUAAGAAGGCGUAAAAAUACAAUAAUCAAAAAGCAAUGCGAACAAAUGUUACUUCAACUAAUGAAGAAAUCGAAUGUCAUCCUCUUCUAUUGUGGAAUUGAGAGAGAAAGAGACCAAAAAAAAAAGAAAAAAAAUUGCAAUAGGGUCGUAGAGGACGUCUCAGGGCAUAGACCCCUGCUCGAAGUAAAAUCCGUCGAUCGAUGAUGUUCCGGAGCAUGACCACGGGAUUCGACGUUGUUUGCAGCAGUCCUUUCGGAGUCGGCGCGAUAGUAAUUUACCUUCAAGCGCCCUCAGAGAGGGGUCUUAUGGACCCUCUUGGUUUUGUUGCGAGUCAGAAACACAUAAGCAACGAGUGAUUCGAGUCUCAUCCUCUGGAAAGCAUUCUCACAAGGAACUUGAUUUAAUUGUCAUUCCGCAUUGUCAUCGCCUUUUGAAACUGCCGCCAACUAUUUGAGGUAUUAUAACUGUGAAGCUGCUACUGUGAAUUGAAUCUAUUUUCGAAACUGCUGUACUUUAUUGGGAAAGUUUAUAUUUACCUUCAAAAUUCCAUUGAAACAGAAGGGAAAGAAAGAUGAACAAGCUCUGUCGUCAGUUGUCCAUCGAGAGCCCCUGUAUCACGGGUCGUGAUUUUGUCUUCAGUUUCGACGUCCCAGUGCCGGAUGUCCCAUCAAAUGGAGCAAGAAUACGAGUCGUUUGCGCUGGAGCAUGUUAUCAGCCUAAACGUUCGCCAAGUCUCUCGAGUUUGAAUUCAGUGUCAAGUGGAAGCAGUUUGGCAACAGAAGUCUCAGUUGAGGGCGAUUUUCCAGCAGUAAUACCACAUCAUGGAAUGCGAGACGCCGCACUCUUUCCUGGUUACGAGGUCGCAGGAGUCAUCGAAUCAUUGGGCUCAAGCGUGCCCAACGACUGUGGCUAUCAAGUUGGAGAACGAGUGAUUCUCUAUCCAUAUUACGAGGGCAUUCCCAAUGGAUACGUUGAAUACCUGGUGGUCAAUGAUUUGAAGUACUUGAUAAAAAUACCGGACAGUAUGCCAUUGAGUGUGGCUGCCAUGCUACCGGCUGGUGCUCUCUUGGCCAUGAACACUGUGUUCGCUGCUCAUGAGCAUGUCGAGAAUUUGCUGAAGGAACGAGGUGCAAAUAGUCUCUGCAAAAUUCUCAUCGUUGGCACUGGUGGUCUCGCACUUUGGGCUCUGCGAAUUGCCGCUUAUCAUUUCACCAAUAUGAAAGAUCGUGUCGCCAUUGCCGUUGCCACUCUUAAGGAUGACGGUCUUAUUUUGGCGCAGGAAUUCCAACGUAAUUUUCCUGAUUACAGGGUGAAUGUGGUUCAAUGGAGCGAGGAUCUUUACGAGAGGCAAUUGAUCGAGCGCACAAUUGAUGCCUGCCAAGGAUCUGUCGAUGUGGUGAUUGAUUUUGGCACCACAUCGCGAAGUCUUCAUCGCAGCUUACAAUGCUUAACAAAGGGCGGCGUUGUCUUUGUCAUCAAGGAAGUCGCUGACAGACUGCUUCCAAAAUUCAGCAGAAAAGCCGACGAACGACAGCAGAGCAUUAAACCAGUAGAAACAGGAACUCUCGAGCAAUUAAAGGAUUUGGUACAACUUGUUGCUUCCGGUGAAUUGGAACCACCGCCGCACACUGUUUAUCCAGCCGAAGAUGCUCUCGACGUUGUUCAUAAACUCUGUCACUCGGAAAUUUACGGCAGAGCCAUUUUACGCUUCUAUCCAACUGAUUAAAAUGUAACCAGCUCUUGAGGAGCAAUUUCGACGAUUUGAAAGUCGUGAAAUGUUUUCCAUCUUUGCGAAUUUUUAAAGCAUCGAUGAUUAUAACGCGCCAAUUGUACGCGCGUUUUGUUUUCAAUAAGUCUCAUACUCGCCAUGGUUUUUACUUCGAGAAACAUAAUGUCAAUGAUUGUCAAAAAAAAAACGGUUAAAUUAUUUGCGCCUCGAUUAAUACUUAGAAAGAAAAAAAAAAAAGAGAGAAACAUCUGAAAAAUUCGAGCAAAUUAUUCAAAAACUAGCCUUCUUGUUAAAAAUGAGGCCUCUAAUGAAAAGAAAAAUAAUUCUAAUAAUCUGUAUCCAUUUUUGUACAAAUUUUGUAUCUUAAAUUCCCUAGAAUCCACUUAUAAAACGAGAAUGGAUUAGUGCAUUAUAAAUGAAAAUCAUUUUGCUUGACAGAUGUUUCAAGAGAAAUUUCUUUUCUCAAUUCAAUAAUUAAUUCAUUAAUCUAGUCUUUACACUAUAAAUAUAAAUUACUUUUCUUAUUUAGAAAUUAUAUUACAAAUUAAACUUUUAAUGAAAUUAUAAAAUUCAAACAUAUAUAUUUAGAACUUUAAUCGACUUUAAAUAAGAAAUUCAAGUGAAUUUCAAAAAAUGAAAAAAUAUCAAAAAAAUGAACUUCAAUAAAAUUUCAAAUGUUCAAUUAGUUUAAUGAAUUAUACACAAAUUCAAUGAUAUUAAAAAACAUAGUUUUUAACAAAAUUAGCUUUAAAUUUACAAAAAAAAAUAAGAUUAAUUUGAAAAAAGAGAUUUCUCUGUACUAUUUAAUCGAGGCUAUAAUACCGUGAUACUAUAUUUAAUGUUAGUCGUAGAAUGUUAUUAAAACAAUGGAUUUAGUAUUGAGACGUGAGCUAAGGAAAGGGAUGUCAGAAGAAAAAAGCAUUUUAGGCCAUAGAAUUAUUAAGAAAAACGGCCUGUGAGGAGAUAAGUUGAGUAAUUUCUCGUUGUUCACCAUUUAAUAGAUCAGUAUUUCUUUUAGUUGAUAUUUUUGAGUGAAAUUGCCGAAAAUCUUACAAUUAUUGUAAAAAUUUAAAUUAGUUACAGGAUAUAAUGUGCAAGAAAGAAAAGAAACGCUUUAUAUCGCAAUUCUACAAUAUUACUGUACCUUGAAAGACUGUUCGUUUAUUUAAACGCAUUUUUUUUUUACUAUUAAUUAUUAUUAGAUGAUAUUUAUAGUCAAUAAGCACACACGUCAUUAUAUUAAUUGUAAGAAUAGUUACGGCAGUUAAUGUAUUAUAAUAUGUAAUGCAAUAUAGCGAUUACGAUUUUUCUAUAAA